AUGGAGAUCAUCCUUCCUGUUGGUGAUAUGAGAUAUGAAUCAUUCUUGAACAAAUCAAAGCAGGACAUAGCCUCUUCUUCAGGGUUGGUGCUGGGAAGCUUCAGCAGUAGAACCUUUCUACAAGGAGAUCCGUUUCUUGGAAUUUUCAGGACUCUUGAUCUUUUAUCUCCUCUGUUGGUUAUGUUGAUGGUUCGUUUUCUCUAUGCAAAGGAGAAUUUGCAAGGCAUACAAAAACACCACAGCACAACGAUGUGCCAUGCUCAGUUUUGUUUUGGCGAGGAUGGUAGAGUGCCCAUGUGA